UUGAGCUCCUGCAGGUCGUGAAUAUUUCUCGACCUCUGCUCUGUUUUUACUGAUAAAACGGGACACCAGGACAACGUGAAGCGACCCAAUGAUCUGUAUACUGCUGGUCGCCGGUCACGGCACCGUCUUAGAGACACAAAUUAAGAACGAUGACACAGGCUUGUACAGCCACCUGACCGGGGUACCAAAGGCUUUACUUCCUGGCAUCGGAGGAAAGAAGAUCCUCGAUUUUUGGUGGGAAACAGUCAACAUGCGACAGCUGUUCACGGAGGUGUAUCUGGUCACUAACGCGGACAAGUAUAAGCACUACGAGCGCUGGGCCACUGCCAACGACUUCCCCGUGGAGAACGUAGUGAAUGACGGCAGCACCACGCUGGAGGACCGUCUGGGCGCCGUGGCCGACCUGGAGCUCGCCAUACGCAGCCGUAAACUGCAGGAUGACAUCAUGGUGAUUGCAGGAGACAUGCUGUGUGCAGACCACAACUUUGACAUUGCUCAAGUGAUCCGCUUCUUCAGGUCAGAGCCCGGAGAGCUGAUGAUUUACUACGAGCUGGAGGAGAGUGAGAAAAGCAGCUCCAGGGGCAUUGUGGAGGUUUGCCCGGACACACAUAGGAUAACUCGCUUCCUGGAGAAACCGCAGGAGGGUCUGACAGCGUCCCGGCUGGCCAGCGUGGUGUUUUACUGCAUCCGGAGAGACACACUGUCCCACCUGUCUGACUUCCUCAACCUGCAGCUGCAAGCCACGGACAGGUCGUUCGGACGAUUCUGGGAGUGGCUCAUUAAUGAGAAACAACGCGAUGUGUUUGGGAUGAAGCUUCCCACCGGCUUCCAGCUCAUCGGACAAGUGGGCCUGUCGGACUACACCAAGUGGCUCACCCACUACUCCACCAAGCAACAAGACAACACUGCUAAACCGAUCACGUACCGAUCAUAUGCCCGGGUUGGAUUGAUGGGGAAUCCCUCAGACGGCUUCAACGGGAAAACCAUCGCCAUGUCCAUCUCUAACUUCUGGGCCGAGGUCACUUUAGUGGAGAGCCAGACUUUGGUUUUAGUUCCUCAUCCACUCAACGACCCAACAGAGUUUGGAAGCUUGCAGGAUCUGUUCUGUAUCAGCAGGAAGGAAGGGUACCUCGGAGGUCUGCGGCUGCUGCAGGCGACCUGUAAGAAGUUCUACCAGUUCUGCUCCAAACAAGGUAUUGCUUUAACAAAGCAGAACUUCACACUGAAGUACGACACCAACAUUCCUCGGCAAGUGGGCCUCGCUGGAAGCAGUGCCAUCGUCUCAGCUACACUAAAGUGUCUCAUGAAAUUCUACAACAUCACAGACAAUGAUCUCCCAAAGCCGAUCCGAGCCAACUUCAUCCUGAAUGUGGAGACUGAUGAACUUUUCAUCACAGCUGGUCUGCAGGACCGAGUCGUUCAGGUCUAUGAAGGUUUAGUCUACAUGGAUUUCAGCAAGAAGCUCAUGGAAGAGCAGGGCUACGGGAAUUACAUUUCCAUGGACAUGAGUGGGCUCCCCCCGUUCUGGCUGGCUUACCUGAGCGACCCCAGUGACUCUGGACGCAUCCACAGCAACAUCAGACAGCGCUGGCUGAGCGGGGAACCUCUGGUAGUCGAGGCCAUGAAGACUUUUGCCGAGCUCACCGAUCAAGCCAGGACGGCUCUGCAGGACCGAGACUGGAGGCGUCUGGCACAACUGAUGGACCAGAACUUCGAGCUGCGGAGGUCUGUGUACACUGACGACUGUCUGGGUCCCGGGAAUCUCAAGAUGGUUCAGCUGGCGCGGCAGUUUGGCUCGGCGGUGAAGUUACCAGGCAGCGGGGGGGCCGUGGUGGGUCUGUGUGUGGAUGAAGCGAAACUGGUGGAGAUGAGACAAGCUUUCCAGGAGGCCGGCUGUGUCUUCUGUGUCAUCGCACCUUACAACCCAUCUGCCGGCUCUGUCGGCAGCCAACACUAACCUCACGUCUCCCCACGACUCAGUCAGGCUGCUCGGGGCCAACCCGGGGCCAUCAGUUUCUCAGAGGCCUAAUGUCAUUUCACAGGACUGAUAUUACAGCAAAGGUCAUCGUCAGUUCUCUUAAAUAUUCUAAUAAAAAUCAGGGUUUCUAUACGAUUAACUCUUUGGUGAUAGUUUGGGUUAUAAUUUAACAGAUUGAUCAAAUAAUGUUUAGUCAAACAUUAAGCACUUUGUUCCUGGAAAAUUAGUGAAUCUGCAUGUUUCAAAGUUUUGUAGCAGAUUAUGUGAGAUUACGGAUUUAUGGCUGUUUACGGUAAAGUCAGAAUGAGAAUCAGAAAAAGAUUUAUUGCCAGGUAUAGUUAACACAAUACGAGGAAUUUGUUCUGGUGGGU